AUGGUAGCUCAAUUCGAAACCGCCGAGACUCGCAACAAGCUGGAGGACCUCUCAGGAAUCCAGCUUCAGCCUGGCGAGAACCCAUACAACGCACUCAUUAAGGCCUGCAAUGACAACCCUGCUGAGAUUCAAACACUCUAUUCCCUUCACAGGACCAAGAGAAAUGCUCAACAGGCGGAGAAGUUCUUGGCCACUGGCUUCGAGGAGCUCAUUAUUGACCAAACGCUCCUCAGGCUUGAGGACCCAACUGUAGAGCCAGGAUUCCUUGAUAACAGGAACUGCCUGGUUUUCUGGGCUCGACCUCCGGACCACAUUAUUCGAUUGGCUUCCAAGGUGAACGAGUUGCUGAAGAAAGCUGCCCCAGGCAAGAUCAAUACGAGCGAUACCAUUAAAUAA